AUGGAUAGUUCAAAAUCUCCAGGGCCGGAUGGAUAUAUAGCGGGGUUUUUUAAGCUUCAUUGGGAGAAGGUAGGGCAGUCAGUUUGUGAUGCAGUGAACAACUUCUUGACAACGGGAUUUCUCUUAAAAGAAUGGAAUCAUUCGCUACUAGUUAUGAUUCCAAAAUGUGAAAUGCCGGAGGAGGUAGGACAUCUUAGGCCCAUAAGUCUUUGCAAUACUAUUUACAAGUGCGCCUCUAAAUGUCUAGUAUUGAGAAUGAAAUUAGUGCUUCCAGCCAUCAUUUCUCCAUCACAACAUGCCUUCAUUUCUGGAAGAUUUAUGACGGAUAAUGUUCUCCUUAGUCAUGAGCUCAUUGACAAGAUUAAUCAUAGGAAGAGAGGAAAGGGUUACUUGGCCUCGGUUAAAAUGGACAUGAGUAAAGCCUAUGACCGUGUUUAUUGGAUUUUUCUCCUCAAAGUUCUUCGGGCUUAUGGGUUUCCUAAUCAUUGGAUUCAUCUAAUACAUCAGUGUAUUUCUACCGUGUCAUAUAAGGUCCUUAUCAAUGGAUGUACUUCAGAUCAGUUUCGGCCAAAGUGUGGCAUUCGACAAGGAGAUCCAUUGUCCACUUUCCCGUUCCUCUUUUGCAUGGAGAUGUUUUCUCGAAUGCUGCAGAUGGGAAGUGACCUUUUUUCCUUCCAAGGGAUCAACAUCACAAGGGGAAGUCCAAAAAUUUCACACAUAUUCUUUGCAGAUGAUGCGCUCCUAUUUUUCAAGGCAGAUAGGGGAAGCUGCUCCAAUAUCACCAACAUCGUUAAUAGAUUCUGCAGGAUUUCGGGACAACAAUUGAAUUUACAAAAGUCUCAUUUUAAACUUAGUCCCAAUACACCUGAGCUGGAGCAACAAGGUUUUCGAAGUAUUUUGAAGAUGCAGAUGGUUCAAAACUUUCGACCGCAUUUAGGAGUUCCUAUUGAUCUUACGGGGAAAAGGCAUACAAACUUUCAAUCUAUUGUUGAUAAGGUGGUGGCGAAGGUAAGUUCUUGGAAUUCAGUUUGUCUAUCCCAAACCCAGAAACUAAUCCUUAUCAAUUCUGUCCUGGUUGCAAUGGCUUCCCAUGUCCUUAGUUGUAUGGAAAUACCUUUGUCUAUUUCUUAUAAAAUAGAUUCGAUUUUAGCAAGGUUUUUCUGGGCCAAAGGUCCGAAUACGGGUAUGCAUUGGGUUAAUAGGAAAAUUAUCCAACUACCGAAGGGAUUGGGAGGUUUAGGAGUGAGGAAUAUGGCUACCUUGAAUAAAGCCCUUUUAAUGAGGCAAGCAUGGCGUGUCAUCAAAAACCCACAAUCGUUGUUGGGUAAGGCUUUUUUUAGGAAAUUUCCGUCUUCCCUAAAAGGGGUUCCUUCAACUAUAAGUGGGAAGAGGUUUUCCUCGGGUAUGAGGGGAAUAGGUAGAGCAACAAACCUUCUUUUACAAGGAUGCGACUGGAAAAUUGGUAAUGGAAAAACUGUUGUAGCAGGAAGGGACAGAUGGGUGAAGGAUAGAGUUCCCGUUUUCAAAUCGAGUGUUACCCUUCAGAAUGCUAGGAAUUGGAAAGUUAAUCAUUUUAUCCUUCCUAAUGGGCCUGGAUGGAAUUUGGAUAGGGUUAACUCGUGUUUUGAGUUUGAUGAUGCUCGUCGGAUUGUAGAAAUGGAACUUCCUGCAGGUGAUUCCGCUGAUUUCCUCUAUUGGAGAUUUCAUAAAUCAGGGAAGUUUACGGUUAAAACGGCCUAUGCAAUGUUAGCAAUGGAGGAUUAUGGUCAAAACCCAUACCAUCGACACCAAGAUUUCUUUAAGAUCCUUUGGGCUCUGAAGAUUCUACCAAAAUGGAAGCUUUUUCUAUGGAAACUACUCCAUAAUAGCAUAGCUACAAAAGUGAAUUUGGGAAGGCGAGGAACUCAAUUGGAGGUUACUUGCGACUAUUGUCAGAAUGGGAAUGAGGAUUCACAACAUUUAUUCAGGUUCUGUGAUCUAGCAAGACAAGAUGGGAAAAACAGCCAAAGAACUGUUUACUUUAUUACAACUAUGUGGGCGUUAUGGAUCUCAAGGAAUAAUCGAGUUUUCAAGAGCACUCAGGCGGGGGUGUCUGGUGUCCUCAGCAUCAUAACAGAAGGACUGAAACAACAAGGAAUUUUGUGUACUCAUACUUCUUCCUUGAGGUUUCUCCAUCCACCAGAAAGGGAUCCCAUUUACCCUCCAGGUUUUUUCAGGAAAAUAAUUGCGGAUUCAGGUAUGGUAGGGUCAAUAUCUGUCAUACAAGUGGAUGGUUCUUGGCAUAAGAAUAGUCGAAUAGCAGGAAUGGGUUGGUAUUGGGAAUGUGAUAAUCUUACUGUGGAUGGUAUCCUAGGAGGAGCAUGUGUUGGCACUGCUGAAUCCGCUUUGCACACUGAAGUUGUUGCAUGUCUUAUGGCUUUCCGUUGGUGUGUACAAGCUACUCUCGAAAACGUUACUAUUCUCACAGAUUCUCAAAGAUUGGUGGAAAUGCUCCAGAUCGGCGCUUCAAUCGAUGUUCACUUACUUUGGACAGUGGAAGAAAUACUACGUCUGGGUACUACAUUCAACUGGUGUAGCAUUCAAAAAGUGGAUCGUCAUCAAGUGCAAAAGGCACACGAACUCGCAACAGGGGUGGCUUCUACUUCUUUAUCGUUUUGUAAUUUUCCUUGA